CUCCCGACUGAGAGCCGCCUAAAAGCACCGCAUCGUUUCUGAACGACUCACAACUAAGGAGCCGCUACUUCGCUGACGUUUCACCUGCGGCACAGCGAGCGGACAAUAACGCACAAAAAUGGACAACACGGCACCGCAAAAAGGUUUCAGACAACAGCCUAAUGUGCGGCUACGGAACACUUCCACGGAGGGCUUCCAUGGAAGUCAGCUGUUUGAGGACACGAGUGGAUUACCUGGCUCUCAGACGCCAUACAGGAACCAUCCAAGCGGACACGAGGCCGCAGGUUUCCCGGGCCAGUCCAUUUUAACGGACCCGAUGUCGAACCUCGCCGUGGCUUACGGCAGCUCGCUGGCGUCGCAGGGGAAGGAAAUCAUGGACAAGAACCUGGACAGAUUCAUCCCCAUUUCCAAGCUGAAGUACUACUUUGCGGUGGACACGGUGUACGUGGGGAAGAAGCUGGCUCUUCUGGUGUUCCCCUACAUGCAUGAGAACUGGGAGGUCAGCUAUCAGCAGGACACUCCCGUGGCGCCGCGCUUUGACGUCAACGCUCCCGACCUCUACAUUCCCGCCAUGGGCUUCAUCACGUACGUGCUGGUGGCCGGCCUGGCCCUCGGCACACAGAACAGGUUUUCCCCUGAGUUGCUGGGAGUGCAGGCGAGCUCGGCGCUGCUGUGGCUUAUUAUGGAGGUUCUGGCAGUCCUGCUGUCGCUCUACCUGGUGACCGUCAACGCCGACCUCACCACCAUCGACCUGCUCGCCUUCUCUGGAUACAAAUAUGUCGGUAUGAUUGUUGGUGUGGUGGCAGGACUGAUGUUUGGAAGGCCAGCAUACUACCUGUCCUUGCUGUGGUGCUGCGCUGCCAUUGUUGUCUUUAUGAUCCGCACUUUGCGUCUGAAGCUGCUGUCGGAGGCGGCGGCCGAGGGGAGGCUGGUGAGAGGAGCCAAGAACCAGCUGAGGAUGUACCUCACCAUGGCGAUAGCGGCCGCCCAGCCCCUUUUCAUGUACUGGCUCACGUGUCACCUCAUCAGAUGAACACUCCGCCGCGGGAGAAAGGAGACACACGCCAAGCACAAGACGGUCGCCACAAGUACGUGUUUUUAAUUUCCCCAGCUGCAUUGUCCUUCAAACAUGUUGUUUUUUCUAUUACUUAUUCUCUUUUAGCAGUAUUGAAAUAAGUCUUGUCAGAGUCUGAAGUGGCACACUGACUGCACACUUUGCUUUACAAAACAAAGCCGACAACACUGGAAGCCACGGACUCGUAAGAAACGUUUGCUCUGAAUCGCUUCAACCGGGACUUAAAAAAACAAAAAAAAAAAAACCCUACUCAGGUUUGUCGGCGCGGUCGUGCGCUCGCAUCGUGCGCUUUGUCCCGAUUGUCCUUUUUUUAACGUUGGAAAAAAAACGAACCUUUUGUGAACAAAUGUGUUGCUUUUCAUAUUGAAAGUCCGAUGAAAUAAAGGAAAAGAUGAAGUAGA